AUGGCCUCGAUUGGCCAUUUGAAUUUCAUUGUAACAUCGGGAAACACUUAUUUAGUGGAAAAGGUGUCAGUUCAAUCCAGUAAGAGAGGCGUUGGUGGUGAAGCCAAUUGUGGGGUUGUCCCUGCCAAGGGAAGAGAGGAGAUGUUGUGGGUAUGUGAUUUCCAUUUGUGGAGAUGGAUUUUGAGGCAAUGGCGGCGGGUAAUGAUAGUAAUGGUAGAUAUGAAGGCUUACAGAAUUCCAGAAAUCAAAGUUUAG